GAAUGGAGAAUCAGAGCGAAGACAGGAAACAGGAACCCGCAAAUGGGAAGACUCCCUUAACAGCAAGACAGGUGGUUUGUUUGGCUGCGGUUAGCGGCACGAACUUCCUAAACGGCAUGAUGUCCGGGUGGACUGCAGUCCUGCCAAAGCUCCAGGAGGACACCAGGUUCACGGUGACUGAGGACGAUGUAUCUUGGCUUGUAUCCCUGACGUUCAUUAUGGGCUUCGUGAUCUCCCCUCUGGCGGGCUCCGUAGCGGAACACAUAGGACCGCGGCGUCUGCUAGUCAUUACGAUGUUCCCUGUGGCCGGGUUCUGGCUCCUGCAGAGCCCUCCUGGCGUCAACUGCUGCGGUGAUGUACACAGUGGUGCAGCCCUUGGUAGCGGAGCUGUGCCCCCAAGGAUCAGAGGUCUGGCUUCGGUCUUGCCAGAGCUGUUUAGCUGCGUUGGACUGCUGGCAUCCUACCUGCUGGCUUCUCUGCUGUCCUGGGACAUGGCUACUGCUGUUGCCGCUGCUCCCUUCUUGCCCCUAUCACUGAUGAUACUGCUUGUACCAGAGUCUCCUUAUUGGCUAGUGAGAAAGAAAAAAAUCGACGCAGCUGAGAGAUCUUUGAGACUUCUUUUAGGUCGUGACGGCAAUGUCGCUGAAGAACUGCGGGCAAUUAGGAGCACAACGACCCUCAAGCAGAGCGAAGUCAAGGACCAGGCGAGGGAGCUUCGCAAGGCCCACAACGCCAUCCCAGUGGUGUUAAUGCUAAGUGUGUUCGUCCUGAGAGAACUCGGAGGCAAAGGACCGGUGUUCAACUAUACAGUGUAUGUGUUCCGUCGAGCAGGAGCACAGUUUGAUGCUUUCUACUGCACAGUGUUCGUCGGUGUUGCUCGCCUGGCUAGCACUUGUGUGUCUGCUUGCACUCUGGACCUGGUGGGUCGCAAGCCCCUCCUUGUGGCGACAUCAGUCAUCUGCGCAGUGUCGGAAGGCGUCGCCGGAGCCUUCCUCUUCCUAGAGGUGGAAGGGGCCGCAUGGGUCCCCCUGGCGUCCGUGAUAGUGUUCGUGAUCAGCUAUGGUAUCGGUCUGGGACCCAUUCCGUGGGCCUAUCUUGGCGAGCUUCUACCUACACCCGUCAGGUCCAUUGGAGCUGCGAUGAUCACUUUUGGUUAUUCAUUAACUUACUUUGCCAUAAACUUCGUGUUUUUGAAAGUGAUAUCAUCCCUUGGUCUCGGACUGACGCUGCUUGUAUCGGAACGUCGAACUUGGUCAUCGGCUUAUUGGUCCUGUUUUUCGUACCCGAGACCAAGGGCCGGACUCUGCAAGAUAUGGGAAAAGGCAUUCCAGUCUAAAAAAGUCGUACACGUGCAAAGUUGCCUAUUGGAUCAGGACAAUGCAUCGUCAGAAUCAGGCCCUUCUGAGCAAGUCAAGACACAGAGGAGACACUCCCACCCCCUUGGGUCGCCAAAACGAAGCAGCCGAGGCAUCUGGUACCACAAACCUCUCAAGUUAAAGCAUGAGUGA